UACUUGGAGUUUCAUACACGUGCCCGGCGCUCACGGCGGAAUGGAUCGACCUAUUAAAAGACGGAAACUCCAAAAAGAUGAGGAAGAAGAUGGGUCAACAAAUCAAUCUGCUGGUACUUCAAAAGUAAACAAACAGGCGAACAGUAAUCCUGAUUCAGCUAUAUUCCAAACUGUAAAAUGGCGACAAUACACUGCUGAGAAUCUCGAUUGUAAAUACACUGUCCUUUACUCUAGAUCCGAAGCAGACGAUCUCAUUUUGGAAUGUGAAAAGUCUCUGAACUAUUUUACAGGGCAAAUGACACAAGUUCACGUGUUCGGAAAGUGGCACGAUAUACCACGAAAACAGACAGCCUAUGGUGAUGAUGGGUUGAAUUACAGUUACUCCGGAAAAUCUGUGGCUGCAUUGCCAUGGACACCUUUAUUGGAAAAUAUCCGGGCCCGGGUUUCCAAGGCAACUGGUUGGACAUUUAACUUCGUUCUGAUUAACAGAUACAAGGAUGGACGUGACCAUAUUGGAGAACACCGGGAUGAUGAACGGGAGCUUGUGCCCAAACAUCCUAUAGCGUCACUGUCGCUAGGACAACCACGAGACUUUGUCUUCAAGCAUGCGCAAUCGAGAGGGAAAAAUGCUACUCGCAAGAUUGCGCCUGUGACAAUUAACCUUGAACAUGGCAGCUUGUUAAUGAUGAAUUAUCCGACCAACACAUACUGGUAUCAUUCUCUUCCACAGCGGAAAUCUCUGUCGGGUCUCCGGAUCAACAUGACGUUUCGGAAAAUUGACCCUUCUAAAAUGACCCCUGUUACGUGAGCAGACUCGAUCAUCGUGAUUACGUCUUUCAUUCCGAUUUUGUUGGCUUUUGGUUUUUCUUUAUUAAGUUUUAUACAACAGCCAGGUAGGAUGGAGUACACGUUUUCUUAAAACAAGCACGUGAGAAAUAGUUCAUAAAUAUUAUUGUGUAAUCUCGUGUAACACAUGCGCUGUCUUUUGCAGCAACCCGAAGCGCGUAAAGGAGGAGAGUUUGGGAACGAUUCUUCCCUCUCACAUCUGUCACAUUUUAGGUGUCUGGACAAAGGAAAAUUGUUUCGUAGAGGUUCGAAGAUGUGUUCUCUUGUGUUUUAGCGUCAGGUAUGCCUGGAUGAUAUAAAGUGAGAAAACAUUUCUUAAUUUUAUUAGGAUAUGGAGCUCUUGGUACUGAUGCUAUGAUUACUUUGGGAUUCGGUUUAUCUUUACUGUGAUGUAGUAUUCUUAAAAUUAAGAUCUCUAGAGUUAAAGUGGUGUCUAAGCCCGAUAUUCUCCACUGCAUAGGAUCUAACAAACCUCAUCAGUGUCAGGUUAUUUCAAUGCAUUGUUGAACAGUCAUUUCAAAGGAUUUUGUCUACAUUUUCCACGUUUGAAUCUGCAAUUUUAAUUCUUCAUAUACCAGUAAUGAAGUGUUUGGGCCUUCUAUCGUGUAAAACACGCCAUUGGAUCCCUUUGAUAAGUCACAGACACAACGCUGUAUAGACAAUAUAAGAAUCACGUGCUGUAGCGACAAAAAUGCGAUACAUCCGUCGCUAAUUUUGCUGGACACCAGCUACGAAGGUCGUCUUGUUUUGUAGUGGAUACAGUUGGAAAAGUUGUGGUGACCUAGCGAAAUUAUAAGUGUUACAGGUAUGUCUACAACCGAAUCUAUGAGAAUAGUUGGAGUUGUAUACACUUUCUGUUUUACGAACAAUACGUUCCUGACGAGGUCGGUCUUUGAGGUUUAAUUGAACCAGAGUUUCAUGUAUAUGUUUUUUGAGUGACAGAGUGCUUUAACAGAGCUACUGUCUGAAAUGGAAUUGGGAGAUUUAAAACAUUUUCAUUAUUUGACUUUUAUGCCUAAACAUCACAAAAUUUGCUGUUGACCAAAGGUUUGGUGAAAAAAAAUCCUUCUUUGAGAAAUGUAUUGUUACAAUAUUGGGAAAAUAGCAGGAAAAAAAUGAUGUUCCACAUUCCAAAUGUGAUGAUCCAGCCAUUCAAUCUCUAUCUAGUACUAGCUACCCUUAUGAUGCCUAUAGAAAAUUCAUAACGUGAUAGUCCAUAAGCCGUCUUGGAUUUUGUAUUGAAAUUUAUCAUUGCAACAUUUGGAGAUGUUUUUUUGGAUCUUGUUUGUUCCAUAGCAUGUCAAAUCGCUUCCGUCCUUGCCGGUACAAAUGUACCAAUGUGAUUUAUGACGCUAAUUUCUUUUCUGAAAUCCACAUAUCUAUGUCGCUUACAUUUGUUAUUUGUAUUUUUUG